AUUAAACCAGAAGAAGAAAGCUCAAUGAAAUCAAUCAGUUUACACAUGCUCGCGAUAGAGAUAUUGGACAUCGGACAAAAAUGCUGGUAGCCUAAAUUUCUGCGUUACUUUGUCACGGAUUUUGAAGAGUAUGUUAUGUGCAGUUAAGUUACAAUUGAGUUCCGCAACAUAAUCAGCUUUUAAGUGUAUAAUUAGCAAAUUAGGACUACUCAUUCAUUUUUAAAUGAACUGAUUUUUCUGCUUCUAAUGUCCGAAUAGGGUGGGGUGUUAAAAUCUGAAGUUAGUGUUCCUGUGAUGAACUAAUCCCAACUAUGAUACGAGGACAUCAUAUAAAUGGGCUUUAUUUGCGCUAAAAAACUAUCCAUGUAGACCUAGUCUGUUGAAUUUCCUACCAUCGGUGUUUUACAAAAGGCACAUUUUUAAAUUUUAUAUUUUAUUUAACACAAAACUGGGAAGCGCCUUAUAAACACCAGCCUCAACAGCUCAGCACAAUUUUCGCUAUCAUUGGAAAAGAUUUUGCAGAAAGUUGGCUGCAUCAUUCAUCCAGUUUCUGUCAGUGUGAUUAAAAUGUUCCAUGUUUUGCGUAAUGUACAGUUCUCCUAUCAUUUGAAUUCAUUCGGACGUUAUCUCAAAUCUUUAUUUCUGAACCACUCAAUAAGAAAGUUUAGUGAAAACUCCAUCCCUACUUCCAAAACAGUAAACGUUCAAUUUGUUGAUCGAAGUGGUAACGUCAGACGUGUUGAAGGAGAAGUUGGAGAUAAUUUAAUGAUACUAGCCCGCCGGCAUAAUAUUGAAGUAGAGGGAGCUUGUGAGGGUUCUUUGGCAUGUUCUACUUGCCAUGUCUAUAUCGAUCAAAAAUUUUAUGAUCUGCUCCCACCUGCUUCUGAGGGGGAGGAAGAUAUGUUAGAUCUGGCUGUUUUCCUACAGGAAAACUCUAGGUUAUCCUGCCAAAUAAUGCUGACCAAAGAACUAAAUGGAAUGACAAUCACUUUGCCAAAGGCUACACGAAAUUUCUAUGUUGAUGGACAUAUUCCACAACCUCAUUAGUUAUCAUCAUCUUAAGAUAACUUUAUGUAUAUUGUAUAUAGUAGUAAUAUCAGAAGAAUUAAAUAAAAGAAACAUUAUUUCUUAA